AUGAUAAUUAAGAAAAAGGCAGCAAACUUAAUCAACCAAUGCAUCCACAAGCAAGUCAGACUCGCCUAGUAACCCUGUAAUAAGUUUAGCAGUAGAAGCAAUAACGACGGAGGAUGGCCUAGCUCAAGUGGAGCUCCUCAAAUGCAAGUGUAGCUUGCAAACAAAGGCAAUCAGUUCGAUAGAAAUCAAUAAAGUUCGUCCUCCCCUUUUAAUGUGAGAAUAAAUGGAGCUCCUAAUAACAUAAACAAAGAGAGAGAAGACGCUAAUAAUAAUGUUGAAUUCAAUAACUAACCAGAGCAGAACAAAUCUUUUACCUCAAAGUACUAUGAUAUCAAGACGCAGGAAAUCCACGAGUUCUUGUAACUUUACAAAAUAAGAUAUCAACUGCAAGGCAGCGAAAUAGUCAUUUAUACUUGCCCACUUUGCAUGAAACCUCAUAAUAAUGACCCAAAAAAUAUGAAUACUUGUCGUAUUAAUGCUAUUAAAGGAUUCUUCAACUGCUUUAGAUGCGGUAGCUCAGGAUCUUGGUAUGGCUUCAAGAACAAAAUACUUCACAACCACUUUGGUACUUCCCCUGAGGAUCUGGUAUUCAAAGCUGAUUAGUCACCAGGGACUAAAUAGUUUACAGAAGGCUUCUAAUUUAAAUAGGAUUGGCUUCCUGACUACUCUCAAAGAAACUAAGAUAGAUAUGAGAUUGAAGAUGCUCACAAAGUAUUUAUCUAAUUGAAAAGGAAUAUUUAUCCAGAAAUUAACGAGUACUUGACAGGAACAAAAGAUCCUUCAGAGUAGCGUUACUUAAAAAAAGAAACCCUUGAAAUCUACAGAAUUGGUGUGGGUAAGGAGAAAUUUAGAAACAGCAAUGACUAGCUUAGUUUUUUAGACUCAGUAUAUUUUCCUCUAUAUGCUCCUAAAUCCAAAAAAACAAAGCAAAAAAAAGACAAAUAGAAAGUAGAAGAUUUUGGAAAGAAUCAAUCAACUCUAGAGUAUGAAAAAAAUUAGAAAGAAAAUGCAGAAAGAGAAAUAAAUACUGAAGAAUAUGAAAUGGUUAAGAUGAAGAUUAGAGCUAUUGGAUCUGAAAAUAAGGCUAAUAUGAGAUUUCUGCCUGUUGGAAUCAUCACUGAAGGGGAGUAUGAUGCCAUGGCUGUUUAUCAAGAGACUGGAUUACCAGCAAUUAGUUUGCCGAAUGGAGCAAAUCACUUGCCAGUAUAAUUCAUACCCUUUUUAGAGAGAUUUGAAAGAAUUUACCUGUGGAUGGAUGCUGAUGAAGUAGGAAGAAUUGCUGCUGAAAAAUUUUCUAACAAAUUAGGACAAAUGAGGACAAUAAUUAUAGAUACUAAAAUGUAUGAUGAAAAUGGUCCUAAAGACGCAAAUGAUGCUUUGAGGAGAGGAAUAGACUUUAAAAAAAUAUUUCAAGAAAAUUCCAGAAGACUUGGUGAUUAAAACCUUUUGACUGUCUUUGAUUUAAGGGACAAAAUUGUAAAGAGAAUUAUGAAUUAUCAAGAACUAACUGGUAUUUAGUCAAAAUACUUCACAUUUUACAACAGGACAUUGAAAGGUUUUCGUAGAGGUGAGAUGAGUAUUUUAACAGGAGCUACUGGAUCAGGUAAAACUACUUUUCUUUCCCAACUAUCAAUCGAUUUUGUGAGUCAGGGUGUGCCAACUCUGUGGGGAAGUUUUGAAAUAAAAAAUGAGAUCUUAGCCUCAACAAUGCUCCAGUAAUAUACCAGAUAAAAACUGACAAAUGAAAGCAUGGAGAAAAUAGAUUAGCAUAUAGAAUAAUUUGGGCUACACCCUCUCUAUUUCUUGAAUUUUUAUGGUUCAACUCACAUUGAUCUAUUAAUAGAGACGCUUAACUAUGCAAUUUACAACUAUGAUAUUCAGUUUAUUUGUCUUGAUAAUUUGCAGUUUAUGCUGUCUUAAUAAGCUCAAGGGACAUUUAAAUUCGAUUUAUAAGACAAAGUAGCUUCUUAUCUCCGUUAAUUAGCUACAGAUAAAAAUAUUCAUAUUGCAGUAGUAGUUCAUCCCAAAAAAGUAGAGGACGACAAUAACUUAACAGUUGGCUCAAUUUUUGGAACAGCUAAAAUUACUUAGGAAGCUGACUCAGUACUUAUUCUUUAGAAACAUAAUGUACCUGGUUUGAGGACAAUAUAAGUCAAGAAAAAUCGUUUUGAUGGAGAAGUAGGUGAAGUAUCUAUGCUUUAUAAUCAAGAAAAUAAGCGAUACUUUGAGCUAACUCCUGAGGAGAAAACCUCACUCCUACUGAAAAAUGGGAGUUCUUAAAAUAUCAUCAAGUAAAGGAAAUUAAAGUAUGGUGAUGUAGAGCCUGCUUUACUAAAAGAUAAGGUUGAUGUAAAAAUAGAGAAACCUUCUAAAUCUAAAACCAUAAAAAACAAAGUCUCAGAAAUAGCGAAAAAGGAUUUGAAUUUUCAUGGAAAAUUAAGGGAACAUAUCAACAAAAAAGAACCAGAAGAAAAUUUAAUUAAUCAAAAGAAUAGCCACAUUUAUCACACUUCUGAUAAUUCAAGUAACUCUAGUGGCUCUGAUAAUGAAGGAGGAGAAGGAAGUAAAGGUAGAUCAGUAAGCAGUGAUUUUACUGGCUCAAUGAUGGAAAUCACAGCUGCAAGUGAAUUUCCAGAAAUAUAAGUAGACGAACUAAAAUCAAUUGUUAUUGAUGAUAAUGAUCUAUUAGCUCCGCCAGAGGAUCUUAGUGUUACAGAAAUUGAGGUUGAAAUGUCAAUGAGAUAAGAAAGAGCUUUGACUUAAGAAGAGUCUUCUAAUCUCCGAAAAUAAUACUCUUAAGAAAUGCUCAAUGACUAAUCAUAGCCAAUAACUCCAUAAUAGUAGUAAGCUUGGGAAGUCCACUUUAAAAGGAUUAAUGAACAAAGUCUUGAGUUUAAGUCAACUGAAAGAUUUUAUUACAAAAGAUACGAUUCAUUAGCUUAAGUAUUGAAAACUAAUUCUUUCAACAUUGAUCCUAGCAAUAUAGUCGGUAAUUAUGAUGAAAAUAAUGAAGAAUCUCAAAACAUUGAGGAAGAGAAUAAAUAGGGGAAAUCAGAUCAAGGCAAGAAUCUAAGUCAGUAGAUCUUAUAAAAUGAUAAACAAGCAACUAAUACUAGAAAUUUUAGCAAAAAAACCACUUAUAAAUCGUCCGAGAGCAAUAUGUUUGAAUCAAAAUAAAUGCAGCUAAAUAAAAAAUAAAGCAAUCCAUCAGUUGAUUAUAUUAAUUACAGAUAUACCUAGACUGGAAUAAUAUAAGAUGAAGCCUUGAGAGAAAUUUCAAUUAAAUAAGAAGAAUAUCUUGAACUUGAUAAAAUACUUAGGCCGAAAUUCUUAAAAGAAGUGAAAUUUAUCGAGUCUUUCUUCAAGGAUGGAAGAGUCAAAUCUAGAGAGGAGGUCGAAUCAUCAUCAAGCAAAAGGACAAAUUAUUCAAGAGCCUAUUAUGAAGAGUAUUAAUUGAUAUAAUAAAAAAACAACGAUGACUAUGAUCCAAUCGCUAUAAUAUAAGACUCAGAUAAUGAAGUGGAAAUAAAAUCAAGACAAGGACUUAUAAAUGAGAAGUUUGAUAUAAAACACUUGGAAAGAUCAAUUGAAAACGAAAUAUAGGAAUAGAUUGAGGACGAUCUCAAUCGUGAAAUUGAAUAGGAUUAGGAAAAUCUUAAUCAAAGGAUGUUGAGGAGUAUGAAUGAGGAGGAAAAAACCAAGCGUAUAAAGGAACUUUUAAGCAAGGCAGCAAAAUGA